AUGCCGUCGAAUUUCCCCACCCCUCUGCUACCCCAUCAGUCAUCUUUGGAAGAGCUUGUUGUCUAUGCUCAACCGCAUCAGCACAUCUCCCUGCAACACCCUACCGGGGAUGUCAUGAAAACAAUGCGAGGCUUCGCCGCCCUCAAACGACUGGGACUUCCUGCAUGGUGGAUGGUCCACCCCAGCUCUAAGCAUCGAGAAAGGCAGGUCACCGGCGCUUCGUACUCGGCAAAAAUUGUCGAGAUCCUUCCCCCAAAAUUGGAAAUACUACAAGUACAGCUCGAAGAGAUCCGCCUCCACUGUCAAGUUCCAUUCGAGCAUAUAUCUCGCACUGAAAAUGUGAUCGAGUACUAUGGUAUACUACUUCGCUGGCUCGGAGAAAUAGCUGCGUGGAAACAAGACUAUGUUCAGUCGCUGAGAGAAGUUAUCGUCUGGUCUUCCGGCCCCAAGUUGCCUCAUGAGGACAGGAUGCUUCAUGAGUCAGGGGUCAAAGAUGCAUUUCUGGAGCAAGGUGUGAGCAUAAUCUUUAUCGUCUGUCAUCCUGAUUCUCCAAUGUUGUUUGGGAUUAAUACGGGAUUUUAG